UUGAAUAGUCUUUGUCGUGGGUACUGAUCGGUCGUUUGGCGCUAUCAACGCUCGCUCAACUAUUGACCUGUUCGAAAUUUGUUCUUUCCUUCACGAAUAUUCAAAUUCUACAAAUUGUGAAAUUCAAAAUAAAUGUGUAUAAGAGAAAGCGCUGCUAGAAAGGUGUAGUGAAAGACGGGGCCUAUUGGGCUGAUUACAGUGUGGUGAUUUUAGUGUUGACAGAGACAACAAAUACCAAAAAAAAAAGAAAACAAGUGAAAAAAGCAAUAUAAUAACAACAAGUUAGUGAUUUAAAUCAAAAGUGUCUGGAAAUUUUAUCAAAAACAUUUGCAACAACAACAUGUACCCUAAUCAGAAUUCGUGGCUAGCCUUCGUCGAAGAAGCGUACUCCCUCUUCGAUGAUAAUUCGGAUAAACUGUUGAAUAACCUAUGUACCGAGUGUCUGGAGUAUGAGUGUGAACAUCGAAACAACAACAACAAUAACAAUGCGCAAGCAACAAACCAAGCAAAUUUACAGGAACAACAAUUGGAAUUCGCCGCUGAAAAUUCGACGCAAUUACAUGAAAAAUCAUUGUAUACCAAUAUGGAUCCUAAUCAGUACUAUGCACGAGUGCCGUCGGAAUUACAACAACAAGAGCAAAACGUAGCUUUUGCUGAUUACGGAUUUCGCAGCACUUGCCAUGGCGCUGACGGCGGCAGCGGUGGCGGGUGCCACAAAGGCGAUUGCGCUCUGGAGCAACAUCAGCCGCAGCAAGCGCAAACGUUGGCGCAGCAUGGCAUUCAGCAACAACAGCCACCGCAUAUUACGCUGCCGCCACAGAUGCAAAAGCCAGCGCAGCCACGCAGUUAUGGCUACCAACGUGAGGACCCAACGUACGGUGUAACUGUACAUCCACCACGUAAUUAUCCAGCACUAGAAGUAGUACCGGGCAUAACGUAUCCAAUCAGUCAAACUAUGCCUCAAAAUGCAUACAACAACAAUUUACAACAGCAACAACAACAGUUGCCAAUGCAACAACAGUUGCCAAUGCAACAGCAGCUGCCAAUGCAACAGCAGCUACCAAUGCAACAACGACAGCAACAUAACGUGCCGCUAUUCCAGCAACAACAAUACCCGUUGCUACAGCAACAACUGCAGCCGGUAAAAAUGCUCACGCCGCAGCCGCCGCAGCCGCCUCAGUUCAUACAGACUCCAUAUCAACCCAGUCAACAAUUGCAAAGGCCUUUAGGCUAUCAGCCCCAACAAUAUGCACAACCGCUUUACCAACAACAAAAUACGAGCACACAUGUCAAUUACGCCAAUCAAAUGCCACCGGUGCAGCAGCCUGCCUAUCCCAUGCAAAACUACAGAAAUGGCGGUUAUCCGACGCCAUUGCCGGAGCGUUCUGGAGCUUGCUGCCGUCAACAGGCACCGAUCGGUGCACCCGGUGUGAAUGUGCAGCGUCAGUUGGGGCAUGCACCGUGCCGCGGCAAUGCUCCAUGGUCAUAUUCAUAUUGCUACGGCGAUGUCCAGAACAAUUAUGAACCCUGUCACUUCAUCAACUGCGUGGACAUUGAGGACUUUCUAAACAAUGAAAAGCGUAAGGAAAAAUCACGCGAUGCGGCCAGAUGCCGGCGUUCACGCGAAACGGAGAUCUUCAGCGAAUUGGCACAGAUUUUGCCAUUGCGCAAAGAGGACGUCAACCAAUUGGACAAAGCAUCUAUAAUGCGCAUCGCCAUAGCUUUCCUGAAAGUACGCGAAAUGCUGCAGUUGUUCCCUAAAAUUCAAGAUCUUCUUGGAGAUAUAAAACUAGACAAUGAUAUUGACGAUAACUCCAAUAGUUCAACUCAAAUGUCCGUUUCAACAACGGAAAACACCGAUGGAAAAUUUGAUUUACUCAAAUGUGCCGAGGCAACACAAUUUAUCAAACAGACCUUGGACGGUUUUCUGAUUAUACUCUCCAAUGAUGGCGACAUUACCUAUGUUUCAGACAACAUAACUGAUUAUUUAGGCUUAGCAAAGAUUGACAUACUCGGCCAACAAAUUUGGGAGUACAGCCACCAAUGUGAUCAUGCCGAACUCAAAGAGGCGCUAAACAUCAAACGCAACCGUCUGCCCGAUAAGAUUAAAGAUGAGAAUAUGAUCGAAGAAGGCAUUUCGACCGAGCAUCGUGAUCUUUUCGUGCGUCUCAAAUGCACAUUGACCAGUCGUGGACGUAGUAUCAAUAUCAAGAGCGCUUCGUACAAGGUUAUACACAUAACUGGUCACUUGGUGGUUAACACGAAAGAUGAUCGUGUACUGGUCGCCAUCGGUCGCCCAAUACCGCAUCCCUCCAAUAUAGAAAUUCCACUGGGCACUACAACAUUCUUGACAAAACACUCUUUGGAUAUGAAAUUUACAUAUGUGGAUGAGAAAAUGCAAAAUCUCUUCGGUUACAAGGCCGAAGAUCUACUUGAGCAAUCACUGUUUGCCUGCCAUCAUGGCGGUGAUUCGAACAGGCUAAUGGCAACAUUCAAAACCGUGUUGAGCAAGGGCCAAGGUGAGACUUGUCGCUAUAGAUUCCUGGGUAAAUACGGCGGUUACUGUUGGAUCGUGACACAAGCCACAAUUGUUUAUGAUAAAUUGAAACCACAAAGUGUUGUUUGCGUUAAUUAUGUCAUAAGGUAA